GGGAUAUAGGUCAGUGUCACCAAGAUUUCAACAACUCUGUCUUCUUGUGCCACAUUGGAUAAGAUUUGCUCUUGUCCUUCGGGGCUCCUUGCAUAUUAACUGUACGCUGGAUUACUUAAAGUAAAGACGCCAUUGCCAGAGACAAAGGGAGAAGUACAGUAGGUAUUGCCAGGGGUGUGCUGAGCUCUCUUCUCUCUUGCACCCUCUCCUCUUGGUACAGAAGAGAUGUUGAACAGCAAAAAGAAGCAGGGUGCUCAGGAUGGACUAGUCUCCAUCAUUGCUAACAGGGCCAUCAGUGGAGGGGUGACCAACAACUGCCUCCUAACCGCCAAACCUCAGCCAAACACUGGCUUUGCAUUGUUGUUGGAAAGUUUUCCUGUCGCAAGUUCAUUGAGCAGCUUUGGCAACUUGGGGAGCCUGCCUGUGCCGCUACCCCCCGCCCCCCUACAGUUGGCGCAGAUUAAGACCCAGUUGGCCUUCCACCAGUUGAAUGCACUCGCUGCGGCGGCAGCCAACGCCACUGCGGUCCCCUCGCCUGCACAGACCUUGCUCAACCUCCUGAAGAUCCCCUCUGUAUCUCCGCAACGCCCCAUGUACAACCCGGGCAGGGGCGGCUUCUCCGGCUCUCAGAGGACCGUGGUGACCGGCCAAUAUGGCCUGGGCGCUCAGGGUGGUAUGGACUUGGGCGGUGGGGGUGCCCACCUCGGCCCUGGAGGAAGUGGAGGAGGAGGAGGUGGAGGAGGAGGAGGGACGGGCAUGUCAAGUGGAAUGGCUGGCAUGAUGCCUUCAAUGAGGACUCCACAAAUGAGCUAUCCCUCAAUGGGCCCGCCGCGUCCCUCACAAAUGUCCCAAGACCUGGAGUCAUCUAUAGAUAUGCAUCUCAGAGGAGCCCGGGGGAAGGCCGCCGACCCUCGCCUGCACAAGCUCGACACAGACUUGAGGGAAGAGUUCGGCUUGUUUCCAGGACAACGGGGACCUGGUAGAAUGGAUGAAUCGCCUUCGUCAGACUGGCUGCCCUACCAGGGCGGCCCCGGCAAAGCUUUCGCAUCCUCCACCUCCUCCUCCUCCAGCUCCCCACUAUAUCCACCCCCUGGUUUCGGACGGGGUCCCGGUGGCGGAGGCGGCGCCGGUGCCGGUCCUGGGAGAAGCAUGGAGAGCAUGACAAGUGACCGGCCGGCUCCUCCUGUUCGCUACACAUCAGAGAGCGCCAGCAGCAUCCUCGCAAGCUUCGGGCUUUCAAGUGAGGAUCUGGAAGUCCUCAGCCACUAUCCCGACGAUCAACUCACACCUGACAACCUGCCUUUUAUCUUGCGAGACAUACGCAUUCGCAAGGCAAAGCGCACCAAUCUCGACGUUGAUGAACGCUUGCCACGAGAAGAACCGCGGCAGAGCAAAGUAAUUGACUAUGGACACUCGAGCAGUGGUAAAUUUGGUUACCCGGAGGAGAGCAGGGACUCCUACGCCAGAGAUCCACUUCCAAAGGAGCUGGCGAAAUUCGAGCGGGAGGUGGUUGGGUCGGGAUCAACGUUCAGUGGGACUGAACUGGCAAGGCGUAUCCAAGAAAGUCCGGCAGUGCCCAUUUCGGCGAAACCACCUCCGAUGGACCCCAGGAAUGCAGAACUGAAAGCACCUCCGCCCAUGUCCCUUGCUGGAAGAGACCUGGGACCCAAGCCAUCUGUCCCGCCACCCACUCUUCCACCACCCAAUCUUCCACCACCAAACCAUCCACCACCUGGCCACCCGACACCCAACCAUCCGCCACCUGGCCAUCCACCACCCAACCACCCGCCACCGGGCCACCCGCCACCAGGCCAUCCGCCACCGGGCCAUCCACCACCCAACCAUCCGCCACCCGGACAUCCUCUGGGGUUGCCGCCCGGCCAUGCGGUGGGCGCCCGUGUUGGUGGGAUGGCCCAGGGAGAAGGUGGUGGAAGUCUGAAACCCACCACGUGGCCUCCAAACUUCCCUCCUCCGAGCACCCCAUCGCCCAUGAAGAGACUGCCGACGCCUACUAUGAUGAACGAUUACUCUGCGGCUACACCAAGAAUCUUUCCACACACAUGCUCGCUAUGUAACGUAGAAUGUGCCCAGAUCAAGAACUGGAUAGAGCAUCAGAACACCGGUCUUCACAUUGAGAGCUGUCGGCGUCUAAGGAAGCAAUAUCCUGAGUGGAACGCAGAACUCCCCAGAAAUGAGCCCAAAUCUGCUGCGGAGCACCGAAGCCCAAAGCGGCACUCUAACUCUAGGUCCAAGUCUUGGACCAGAUCUCCCAGUCCGAGGCGGCAUCAUGGAUCCACAACUCGAAGAGCUCACUCUCGCUCGCGUUCGCGUUCUCGGUCCCGGUCCCGCUCGCGCUCCAGAAGCCCAGGCAGGUACCGACGGUCCCGGAGCCACUCGCGCCGCUCCCGCUCCCGCUCCAGGUCCCACUCCCCGCGAGGAGGGGGCUACAGCAGGAGGUCUCCGGCCCGCACCACUCGCCAUCGCAGAGGGAGGUCCACCAGCAGCGAAAGGCUGGCCAAGAAGCUGAUCGAGUCCUCUGCUGGUUUGAACUUGAAAGACACCAGUGCUCUGGAGGCGGUUGUCGGCUCCUUGGCUCCGGGUUUAUACGCUGAAUUUGCAAAGAAGAAGAGUGCUGCCUCGUCCUCCAGGGACCGGGACAGAGACCGAGAGAGGGAGCGGGAAAGAGAGAGGGAGAGGGAGCGAGACAGGGAUCGAGACCGACGACGGACGCCUUCUCCCGUCUCCAGAAGAUCCAGCGGUUACAGCACAAGCUCCUCCUAUAGCAAGAAAGCAGGCCCGGGCACGGCUUGCCUGCUGCGGUUUAAAGGAGUUCCUUACAGAACGACCCAUCAGGAGCUUGUGGAGGUCAUUCAGCCUUUUGGGAAGAUCAACAAUGCCUUCCUGCUCAAGGCCAUUGAAGAGGCCUCAGUCUGCAUGGAGCGAGAGGAGGAUGCGAGAGCAUUGGCCAAUUUCAAGAGCUUGAGAAUCCAUGGCAGGUUAAUCACCAUCUGCAGGGAAGAGGAACUAAAGGAUUCCAGGGAUCGGCAUCCUCCCAGAGACGAUAGAAAGGUCACAGUUGUUCAAAGGAAAGACAGUGCUUCAGGUCGAGUAGCAGCAACUCAGAGGGUUCCUCAGAAGACCCUGAAGCCUGUGAUGCCAUCAACAAAAUGGGGACAUGUCAUAUCUAAAUCUAGUCAGCAAGCUAAAGCCAAGCAAACUCAAAGUAAAGCAGGCCAAACCACAGCCAAGUCAUACCAGACUGCUGCAGCUCAGAAAGCGUCUCAGACCUCCGGUAAACAGGGCACAACCCCUGGUAAAGCGGGAACGACUGCGGGAAAACCAGGCACGACGGUGGGAAAAUCGGGAACAACGAUCGGAAGAGCGGGCACAACCGCGGGAAAAGCGGUCACCACCGUGGCGAAGGCGGGCACCGCCGUGGCGAAGGCGGGCACCGCCGUGGGAAAGGUGGCCCAGGCUUCAGGGAAAACGGCACAACUGGCAGCCAAACCUGGUCAGAGUGCAACCAAACCAGGCCAGACCGUGGCCAAACAGAACCCCGCGACAAAGCCAGGCCAAGCUGCCAAAGCUAAAACUGUACUCAAAGCACCAGCUGUGAAGAAGGUUGUCAAAAGGGAAAUUCCUUGGAGGAAGAAUGUGGUUGCAGUAUAUGGUCUCCCUGUUAAUGGGGUGACUGAGGAGCAGCUUAUGGAGUUGGCCAGACCUCAUGGCUGCAUCACGGACCCAGUCAUCGCUGUUAACCAAAGAAAGGCUUUCAUUGAGAUGCCAACAAUGGAGGCUGCUCAGGCAAUGGUGAACGCCUAUUCGGAGACCCCUGCAAAAAUUGAGGACAAACGGCUGACUAUUUCCAUGAUGAAUACACCUAUUGUCCUGAGGUUCACUGAAUCGGUCUUCAGAGUUUGUAUGGGCAUGACUAAAAAAGAGGAAAUUGCCACCCUCCCGGAGCGUCUCCUGACAGUUUCUAUGGGGGGAUGUACUGGCAGUGCCGUCCCUGAGAUCCUGAAGCUCGUCAAAGGCGUGGGUGCAUAUAAAUUGGCUCUCCCUCUCAAUAAACGGAUCAUUUUUGAGAUGGAGUCUGCCGCCGUUGCCCAAACGGUUUACAGCCACUUCAUGAAGUCUCCAUGCAUCGUCCAGAACAACUCACUCACCUUCACUCUGGCUAAACCUCUGAAGAUGGCAGAGGAGGCCAAAAAGAAGCCAGAACCUAAGGGCGAGAAAGUGGAUGUUAAGGUAGACACCAACAAAGCAGAAGCCAUCAAAGCAGAAGCCAGCAAGACGGAAACCAGCAAACCUGUGGAAGGUGCAGUGGCUACUCCUGAGGAGGCUAAACAGGCUCAGGAGACGGCAGUCACGGGUGAUGGAGUUUCUGGAGAGACCACAAGUGCCUCCGCAAUGACAUCAGGAGAGACCACAGCUCCUGCAGUUGUUCCUAUUGAUGAUGCAAAGUCAGCGAUCCCUGAGACCAGUGCCGCUCCUAGCGACUCAGGCCCCGAUCCUACUACACCAGCCAGUGCCGAUGUGUCAGUGGUCCCUAAGGCCUCUGUAGCAGCAGACCCCCCUUGUGAUUCUGCAGCUAAAGCAGUAGAUGUUAAAGCAGAUGGCUCUGAAGCAACAGAAGCCCCUUGUGAUUCUGCACCUGCAGAUGCGACUGGUGAUAUCUCAGAUUCUGUUGCUAAAGACUCGGAUAACAGCUCUGCUGUAGAAACUCCUACUGGAAAAGACUCUGAAAACGUCCUCGUUGAAGAAACCCAGACUGUUUCUGAAAGCACAGAAGUGCCGGGUGAAAUGCCCGGUGUCACUACCCCUGAAGCUGACAAAGUGCCAGAUAACCAAGAGGAAAACCUUUUGACAACAACUGCUGCGACAGAAGAAUCUGCAAUGGAAACCUCACAGACAGAGGAUGCUGUGCCCAUGACCACUCCAGCCACAAACGAUGAACCAUGUGAGGAGGAUGAACGGAAGAUGAUUGCCGAUGCUGAACCAAUGGAUGUUCAACAGUCUGUACCUGACAAGGAGGAGAACAAGGUCGACAAGCAGAGCCCAGUUGCCAAUGGCAGUGAAGACCACACUAAGGAUGAGACCACCUCUCCUGAAGGAGCAGUGGCUUCUGAAGUCUUGAAAGACGUUGAACAGGAAGGUCAGAUAUUAAAUGUAUCUGGUGAAGCACAGGACGGGAAGGAGAAACAGAAUAUGCCUUCGGAGCCACAGCCCAAUAAAGCAGACCAGCUACCUAUUCCAGACAAGGAACCCCCCUCUGCCCCUUCCAUUCCCUCAAAUCCAUCAUCAAGUUCAGCUGGUGAUAAGUCCAGCACUGCCUCCAUGGAUAAACCUAUGGUGGACAAUCAAGCUGAUGUGUCUGCAGAUGGCGCUUCAGUGUUGGACUUCCCUCCCGUCACCCAGGAGAUCCUGAAGGCCUUGGAGGCGGCUGUUCAUCAGUGUCGCCUGCAGUCGUCCUUGAGGAGAGCUGAGGAAGAGGCCAGGCAGAAACAGGCCGAAGCGGAGAAGAAGACUGCUGCCACCAAGUCCACCACUCCAAGCAAGACUGUCCAUAAAUCUAGUCCCCAACAGAAGAAAGCAACGCCAGCAGACCGUAAGAAGCCGACCACUGCCACUGUUACCUCUGGUAACGGACGAGGGCGAAACGAUGGUAGCCCGGCGGGAGAAUCAAGGUCUCGCAGCAGGAGCAGAGCCGGGUCUGACGAAGAUCAGGCGCCUACCCCACGGCGUGGAGGGUCUUCCAGCUCCGCCUCCAGUACGCCCAGAAGAAGCGGAAGGCAAGCAGAGGGCAGUCCUGCCACUAAAAGCAGCAAAGCGAGUGAAGAGGACAGCAGGCGCAAGAGCCGCAGUAAUAGCAAAAGCACACGGCCAUCAAGCAGUUCAAAAGAUGACAAGGAGAAGGAGAAGGCUGCUGUUGUGAAGAAGGAAGAGGAGGAGGAGGAUGAUUUCCCCUUUAACAUGGAUGAGUUUGUCACUGUGGAUGAGAUCAAUGAGGACGUGGAGGAAGAACCAGCGGUGGUCUCGGACGCUCCUGAGCCACGGAAAAGAUCUCUGGACUCACCCAAAGCUGACACCCAACCACCCCAGAAGAAGCCAGCAACAGCCUCUGAAAAGAAGACUCCCACGCCAGCCCCCAAAGGGAAGCAGGCAAAGAAAACCCCGCAAAGAGCAACGCGUAAAACCCGAUCCAGUGCUGUUGCGGACACAAAAGAGGAGGAGCUGGAGGUGGAACCAGACACAGCAACUGAACCUGAAUCUCCCAAGGAGAAGGACAACAAGGGGAAAAAACAGAAGGAAGACCUUCAGAAAAAAGACAAUGUUGAUACUGUUGCCAAUGCUGAGGGCACUCCCAGUGUUGUAGAGGAAAAGGAAACCGCAGCUGCUACAACUAUUGAAAAUGUUUCAAAUGCAGAGUCAUCCGAGCAUGCUAGCAAAGAGGAAGUCAAGGUUGAGGAAAAGUUGUCUGUCAAAGCUGAAGCCAAUCUGGAACAAAGCAGUGUUGCUUCAGAGAGUGCUAACACGGAGCCGUCCACCUCAAAGGUUGAUGAAGAGGCAGAGGGCAGAGAGUCUUCUACUUCAGAAAAGUCAUCAGAUACCAAAUCGGUUGGUGGGGCCACUGACAAACAAGCCUCAGAAUCCGAUAAACAAACAGAAUGUGGGAUUCUUCCGGAUGUAGGAGCGUCCAACGAGAACAUUCUGGUGACGCUGGACGAGGUCAGCGAGGGUGAGGAAGACUUCCCCAACGAAGGAGAGGACGAGGAGGCCGAGGAAGAGAUGCUGAAGAGGCAGGCCGGGGAAAACCCAGAGGCUUUGGUGACAGUGGACGAGGUCGGGGAGGAUGAAGGGGAGAACCAGGACGAAGCGGUCAGAGAAGACGAGGUGGAAAAUCAGGAGGAGGACCAUGAUCGAGAUCUAAACGCCCUGGUCACCCUGGAUGAAAUAGUAGCAGAUGAGGAGGAGGAGGAGGACGACAGAGAAAGUGUCCAAGCUGAUAAUCGCUCAGACACAGGUCUUGAUAACCAGGAGGAGGAGUCGGGGGAUGCUUUCAAUCCUGAGACUUUGGUUACAAUUGAUGAGGCACAUGGAGACGACGAUGAAAUGGAAGAGGAAAAAACAUAUCAAGAAGACGCUAAGAGUUGCGUGGAGGAGGAGACCAAUGUGCCUUUAGACGCCAGAGUAGACCGUUCCUCUUCCCCCGGGAUAGAGGAGGUAGCCAGGAUGAAUUUCGUCACUGUGGACGAGGUGGGGGAGGAGGAGGAGCAACAGCCGGAUGAAGAGGAGCAGAAACCCUCUCAGCCGCAGCCAGACCCUCAGGAAGAGGAGCAGCAGAAGGAGGAGGAGGAGGAGGAGGAAGCAGUCGGCACAAGGAGAUCGGGCAGGGCCAAGAAGAGGGCACGACAGGCUCCAGUGAGAAAGUCUGCUCGUGGAAGGAAGGCUGCAAAGAUGACUGAAGAGGAAGAGGAGGAGGAGGAAGUGGAUCCGAACCCAGAGGAGUCCCGAUCCGAAGAGGCUUCUUCCACGGGCCCAGAACCUCUGGUCAAAGAGACCACACCUGCUCUGCGCUCCUCUGAAGCUAAGAACUCGGAUGCUGCAUCGGGAUCUACGGAAACCAAAGAGGAGUUGAUGUCCUCGAAACAAGAGAGUAAAGGAGACCUUCAGGAUGUCAAGGAGGAGCAUUCCAAGAUCUCGGGCGACUCGCCAGAAACGGGGGCACUUAACAAAGUGGAAUCCGAGCAGAGGAGGGAAGAGGAUGUAGAAUUGGAACCAGAGGCUAAAAGGGCUCGUUCUGACUCCCCCUUGAUUACUGACUUCACCAUGCCGCCCUUCAACGCCGACAACCCAAUCGGCUUGGAUUUUGUGGUGCCUAAAACGGGAUUCUUCUGUAAGCUGUGUUCGCUGUUCUAUGGCAGUGAAGAGGCAGCCAAGAAGACCCACUGUAGCAGCCUGAAGCACUAUCAGAACAUGCAGAAAUAUUACCAGAAACUGAAGACUCAAAAGAAGACUGGCAGCGCCAAAAAAGCCUUGUGUCCAGGGACGACGUCCAAAUGAUCUUAUUACCCACAAAGAGUUACAUUUUAUUGUUUUAAUUUGUCCGUUUUGGGGUCCAAUGUUAUUUUGAUGUUAAUGUUGUUGAUUAUACACAAAUUCCUCUGUUAAUUGUAAAGGUUUAAAAAAAAAAAACAAACAAUUGACAUUGAACAAUUCAAUGGAAUAAAUUGUAUGUAGACUUUACAAAUA